AUGGAUUUUGAUACUUUGCCUGGAGGUUUGCUGGAAUGGCUAGAUGAUUGGGGCCCACGCAUGAAGCAGAAGGUAGCCAAAGGACCACGGGAAGUCCUUCUGGCAAACACCCCUCCAACAGGCCACGUUUUUGAGGACGUCUUGGAUGCCAAAGUGCAGAUGCCUGGGUAUGUCCAUUUGUACGUCAGUGGAUUCAGCUGCAAACCAUUUAGCACCUUGCAUAAUGGAAGCAAAUUGUUGGGGGAGCCUCAGGCGAAGAUUUUCUGGGCUGUGGUGAGCCGCAUCAUGGCAGUGAGACCAGCAUGCUUUGUCCUUGAGAAUGUCCAGGGCAUCCGACGUGUGCAGGCACAGGUGGUCAAGGCAUUGCAAGGCAAAGGGCUUUACCAUGUAGCCACCUUGAAGAUGGAUCCUGGUGACUUGGGAGAGCCUCUUCAAAGGCCAAGAGUCUACUUCUUUGGAGUGAGGGCUGAUGUUGCAACUGUCAGCCCGACGCAAUUGCAGGAGAUUUUGGCAAGUUCUUGGAGCUCUGUAAGGUCCAGCUGCAUGGUCCAAGGUCCACGGUCCACUGGUCCACGGUCCACUGUGCCACUGCAGAGCAGAAUGCUUCCAGACAGCCACUCUGCUGUUGUUCAAUUCCAGUUGGCUCGCAGGGCAAAGGCAGAUGGGUUCCCAGACAAGAAGACCAAUCCCAAGUGGCGCGCUUUGCAUGCUUCGCUGCAGCCUGUGGAUGCCAACAAGUCUUGCUGGAAAAGCGCAUGCUCUCCUGAUGACCUCUUUCUACACCUUCCAAGGGAGCGAGAUGCUUGGACCUUUCUUGCUUCAUUGCAUCCACAGCCAGACCUGGUAGCAGAUUUGUCACAGACAGUGACCAGAGCAGGGGUUCGCAAAGACGGGAAGUUGCCAACCAUUACGCCUGGCAGUGUUUUGGCAGUUCGGAAGGCUGGCAGACUUGUGAGCCCGAUAGAAAAGAUCAUGCUGCAUGGAUUUCCUGUACACCGCAUGACCAUCCCCCCUGGGAUUUCAGAUCGCGAUUUGGAGUCGAUGGGAGGAAACACCAUGCAUGUGCAUGUUGUUGGAGCAGCAAUGCUUAUGGUUUUGGCCAUGGUGGAUUGGAGCUUGGCUGCGGCAUCAGGGCCCUGUCAUGGACUGCCUGUGAAGGGCAAGAACACAGGCACAAGCAUUUACCAAUCGAAAGUGCGCAGAGGUCCAAGGUCCAAGGUCCAGCGUCCAAGGUCCAGCAAAUCGCAAGUCUCCAAGGUGCUUGCAAAUUUAGCUGCCCGUUGGCAAUUGCCAAAGGGCAAGCCAGUAAUUAAGAAGUCAAAAGCUGUGGCUCCUAUUCAGCGGCCCACUGUUAUUUCUGCCUUGCAUGGCACCCGGUCCAAGGUCCAAGGUCCAAGCAGCACAAUGCCUCAGAUUGGGAAGAGAAAGGCAACAAAUUCAAUUGCUGAGGGCCUUGCCAAACGGUUUUGCCUUGCAGCGAAGGCGAAGCCUAAGAGGAAACUCAGCGGGCUGCGUGCGCCAGCGUCGGCUUCUGGACCUAGCAAGCAACGCAAAACAACACAUUCUGGCAAUGGCAAGGCUGAAGGUGGACAGGGAUUGCCUGAGUGUGCAGUUGGCUAUGCUGAUGAGACUGCUGAGAAUCAUUUUGCCAGUCAUGGUUGCAAAGCGAUGCCAGCAAAGUGUGCUCGAUGCAGGUAUUUGCGUUUUGCGCAGAAGUGGUCUCAGCGAACUGCAGUCUCGCACACUUCCUGGGGAAAGCGGGCUGUGACUCCAUGGCUUGGCGAAAAGCCGGCACGAAGAGCAGGGCAAUGGGGGGUUGGGUGCCAUUUUUGUGCCCACCUCAUGCACAAGCUGGCUGCUGACCCUGAGCAGCGCAAGCAGCUGUUCCAUCCUGAGAAAGCUAUGCAAUACAGCUGCUUGCAGCAGCAUGUUGCAAGUACAGUUCACCGAACUGCUGUCCAAUCCUACCUAGCACCAGAUAAGCCGGUGUCUGAGUGUUUGCCGUACAACUUGGAGGAACAAGCUUUGUGGAAGGGCAACGUACCUCAACCUGAUGAUUGGCUCCGCUUGAAGAACAUGAUCUCGGUGAUGCAUUGGGCGGUAAAGCAGAAGCGAUUGGACAGGUUGCUUCACUCCAGCAGCAUCAGUAUAUCCAUUGACGACCGGAAAGAUUACAGGAUUGUCCGCUACCGCUGCAACCUGGCAUGUCCUGAGUCCAAGGUCCAGGGUCCAGGGUCCGAUGCCCAAUCUGCAAAGGCUAACAGUCAAACUCUUGUUGCGUUGCCAUCAUUGGAGGAUUGGUCUGCAACGCCUACUCUUGCAGCAUCUGGCAUUUUGGGCGUGUACAGGGUUGGCGCAGAUGUUCCAGAAAACACGCUGGAGUCUCAUGAUAUGGAUAAAAGUGAGGCCAUGGCCAAGACUGUGCUGGAGAUUCUGAAGCGGGCUUGCCAGAACCCGGACGGUGAUUGUGAUUCAACUGCAAUGGAUAAAAUAUCCAGCAGCAUACGGCACUUUGCAUCGGACCAGGGACCAAACGUUGCCAAAGUUGGAAAGUUGCUGGCAUCUGGCAACAAGCUGAGGAACCUGGUUUAUCUGAGCUUCGAUGCUGCUCACCAGAUUCGGAUCGCAUCAAAGGACCCGCUACAAGCUUUGCCAGAGUUUGAGAAGCAGUGGAGCCGGCUUUUCAGUGGCAGGAAUGCGUUGCUGCCAGCCAUACACCACAGCAAAGUGUGGCAAACAAAGUUGCUAGCAUGUGAGAGAGAGAUUCUCAAAGCCCAUGGGUCGCAAGGUGGCUUGGACCGAGCAGUGCAGUCCCUCAGCUUUGCUGCUCACCGAUUCGACUCAGCAGCAACUCCAUUGUUCAAAUUCUGCAGCCUCAUUCGGGCCAUAGCUUUGCUGUGCGGCAUGCAAGCUACUGACGCUCGGAACAGCCGCGACGUUCGUCAGCUGGCAGAAGAAGCUCUCCAACACAUGGUGGCGCCUGAGCUGAUGCGGGCAGCAGUGACAGCUGACUACACCAGUGAAUGUUUGCAGUUUCUUCGGUCCGGCUUCGACAUUGAAGACCCUGACCCUGCUACUGUCUUUCAUUGCGUGGAGAAGUUCGACGCCCACAUGAAAGCCCUCUUUGUGGAAGGGAUCUACUACGGUGAUCGCGUCCAUUACUUAGCCACCCAAGCCAGCGCUGAGGACAUCCGCCAAAUCAUGGCUUCAAUGUCGCUAGUGGUGCAAGCCAUGUUGAAAAGGGUUGAGAUCGAUCUUGCUGAAGAUGAAAUUGGGUUGGCCCUGCAAGGUUUCCAUUUGGAGUGCUGGCAAGCAACAAACAAUCAUGCUGCUUUGAAAGCGCAUUUGAAGCGACUUUGUGCCAUCCUUGGUCUUCCAAACGCUGGGUCACUGCUUGCUGCAGCUGCCAAGAAGAUAGCACAGGUCUUUGAAGCAGCCAAAGCACGUGGCCUUGGAGUAGACAAUCGGAAGGCUUGGACUUGGGCCCUUCACCCAUUGUGGCGUGUUAAGUAUGCUCCCAAUAUGGCUUGGAAUGUUGACUGCGACUUUGUGGUGCAAUUUUAUUUGUCCUUGAAGAUCAACACAACAACCCUGGAACGUGAUCUUGGAGAGCUCCUUGCGCAACUGUCCUCGCAUAGCGGACCACUUGCCAAGGAUGGUGCCACCAUGGCAUGCAUCAUGGAAGUGAAUGUGGAAGGGCCCCAGCAAGAAGCAGAUUUCUUUUUACCAGCUGAACGUCCAGGGGAGCCUUUGCAACCUACCGAUUUUGCCAAAUUAUGCCAAAAGCUUUGGCUGCAGCAUUUUGGGCGAAGAUUCAGAUAUGCUUAUCUUCCUCGGUCCAAGGUCCAAGGCUCAAAGUUCAAGGUCCAAGGUCAAAAGCCCAAGGUCCAAGGUCCAAGAUCCCAUGCCCCUGGAUCAUUGGCUGCAAGAGUUCACGGGAGAGCAAAAGCUGCAGUUGCUGCUGCCCAGGGCAAAGAACAUGAGAGCUUUGUGCCUGGCAUGAAGUUGCCUUUGACCAAGCCUUGCCCAUCUUUUACUGGAACUCGCUGGGAGACUGCUCCCUGCAGUGCUUCCAAGCAAGCGUUGGAGAAUUUUGAGAAGCACACAAAUCGCAAAAAAGAGCGUAUCCCUGCCAUGCGUUCAGGAUUUUUGUUUGCUAAGCUAGUUCUUGGUGUUCAUGUUUUGGUGUUUUGCUUUGCUUUUUCGAGUUUGCUGUAUUUUUGCAUACCAUGA